UAAGAGGCUAAAGGAGACUGUGGAGGGGUGGCUAGAGGGUAUAUCUGACAAAACAGAAAAGAGACAUAUGUAAGCAAAGACAAAUAGUACUAAAAAGGGAACAAAGUAGAGAUAGCGACAAAAAUCAAGGAGGAAACGGAACUAGAGAAUAAAGCAUGGACACCACAGCUGUUACAAGGAUGUGGAACGACUCAGAUCUUCUAAGAAAUGAUACAUUUUCUUGUGCGUCCCCAUCUGUGGAGGGCUACCGUUACUUUGGCGUCCUCCUGGGAUCGGCUGUGACCAUAGUAGGAACCAUAGGGAAUAUUCUGACCGUCCUCGCCUUUGCUACUGAUGCCAGCCUGAGGACACGUUUCAAUGUUCUCAUAGUAAACCUUGCCCUCGCUGACCUUCUUUACUGCACCAUCCUGCAACCGGUCAGCGUUGACUCAUACCUGCACCUGCACUGGAGAGGUGGAGCAGCGUGGUGCCGUAUGUUUGGAUUCCUCCUGUUCCUGUCCAACAGCGUGUCCAUUAUUACAUUGUGCUUCAUUGCUAUGAGCCGUUAUUUGGUUGUUGCGCAUCGCACUUCUCGCUGUGCCCGUCUGCUCCUGUCCCACCGUGGAGUGGCGGUGCUCCUAAUCUCAUCCUGGCUACUGGGUGUAGCCAGUUUUGGCCCACUUUGGCCCGUCUACGUGUUUGCCCCACAAGUGUGCACCUGCAGUUUUCACCGUACUAAAGGGAGGCCUUACACCACCGUGCUGCUCUUCCUGUACUUCAUCUUGGGCCUGGGCUGUGUGGGCCUUUUCUACUUCCUGAUCUACCGUAAGGUGCGAGUAGCCUCUAAGGCUUUUCUGAAGUACCGGCCCAGUCGCCACUCAUCAGAACGCAAGAGGGCCAAAGCCGAAGCAACGACGGAUGACAGCGGGAUCAGUGCUGGAGCUUCAACAACUCAAAGCUGUGAGAUCAGUCAUGAUGAGGCAGGAGCGGAGCAGAAUAAGAACAAAGCACUGGAGAAAUCUGAGGGCCACACGAGCACGAAAGAACCAAAUAACUCCAUUAAAGAAGCUUCAAAAGACACAGAAACGUCUUCUAAACCAACACCGGUAACAAUCCAGACCACUCCAGCUGCCAGCUCAGGAGAGGACAGUGAAUUUAAGCGUGUAACUCGAAUGUGCUUUACAGUUUUCAUGUGUUUUGUCGGCUGUUUUGCACCAUUUCUGCUGCUGAAUGUCGCUGAUAAGGCGAACCGUGCGCCACAGGUCGUGCAUAUGUUUUGUGCAAACCUCACUUGGUUAAAUAGUUGCAUUAACCCUUUGUUGUACGCAGCCAUGAACCGGCAGUUUAACCAGGCCUACAAAGACCUACUAGGCAAAGCUCUACGUCCAUUAACCUGGAUAUGGAGAACCUGUCGGAAUUAGAUAAGCGAUAAUGAAGAAUGCUAUCCAACUCCUUUCAAUCUGAAAGUGAUGUUGUGUUGUAGAUGUUCAUUGACUUCACAGAUUAUGCAUAAUUAAACAUGGAGCUGCACUCUAUUCAUUCUGUGGAGAACAUCACAGUUCUCAGGUUUAUUCACCUCCAUCAGCCGCAUAUAAAGCACAAUUAAAGCAAUACAACCAAAUCAAACUCAAAAUGACAUGCCAUAUACAUUUUAUGUAUUAUGCACGGUUUAUUUUCCAUUCACUUUCUAUAUUAUCAAAUAGCUUGCACUUCUUUAUUUAGCUCAUCUUUGACGAUAAUGGUCUGGAGGCAUUUCUUUCACAAGUGGGAUUUUCCAGUUCCAUCAAAGAUCAGAAAGGAAACAUGUCAUGUGGCUUUUUACUGCAAAUGCAAAAACUUUCUCUAUUUCAUUUCCUCAUUUUUCUGAUUGCACAUAUGCAGUAACCAUGCAUGCCACCACAGGAGUGAUUCAUAAUGACUUUAAGAACAUUUGUAACCUCAGGCACAAAUGAAAAUGGGAGUUUGAAGCUGGGUGAUGGAGAAAACAAGAACAGAUAUGCCUCACUGCUUCGUUUAAUACCUCACAAUUUCCUAAGUCCUCUUUUGUUGCUGUGUUGUUUCCAGUUUUAUUUAUGUACUGUUUUAGCUUGACCUCCAGAAUAUGAGAUAACUUGUGUGAUCUUAUUUUUAUAAGGAUUAUUUGAACAAUUCCUCGAAAUGUAGGUGGAUGUAAUGUGGGUAUAUUGCACAUCAUAUCAGUGUUCUAUAAUGAUAACAUAUGUAUGAAUAUUUCUUUUAAAAUAAAGUAACAUAAAAUAUAAA